UUUUUUUUUUAAAAAAAAAAAAAUUUUAAAAAAAUUAAAAAAAUUAAAAAUUUUUAAAAAAAUGAAAAUUUCCAUUAUUAUUUCUAAGAUUGUUUUUAUUCUUUAUUUUAUUACAUGUAUUGGUGCAGAAAUUUGGCAUCUGAAAACUUUAUUUGACAUUGGAGAUUAUAAUGAUUACGGUGUACAUCGAGAAAUCUUUACCAUGAUUUAUACAAAUUUCUUUUAUUUUAUUGGAAAUUUAUUAUUAAUAAUAUUUACAAUACAAUAUAUGAAUGAUGAUGAUGAAAGUUUCGGGAUAUAUAUUGCCUCUUAUUUAUAUACCCAGUUUGUGAUAUUAAUGGUUGGAUGUAGAUUCGUGAUUACAUAUUCAUAUCUCGGUCAAAUCCCUUUUAAUUGUGAUUUUGAUCAUUAUUUACCAGAUAAUAUUAAAAUUGCAUGUAAAGCAAGAUAUUUAAGUUGUACCUUAGGUUUCUCUUCUUAUAUACUUCCAUUUAUUCCUUUAUUAAUUAAUGGUUCAUAUCGCUCAUUUAAAAUUUUAUGCUCUUUAAUUUUUAAUUAUAUACAAAAAAAUUUAUUUAUUUUAUAAUAUUAGUUUUUUUCACAUGCUUUAAGAUUUUU